AUGGAAAUAUUUGAUCUAUUUGGAGACGAUAUUAUUACAGAACAUUAAAAUGAAAAGAACAAAUAAUUGAAAUCAGAAAAAUAAUAAAUAAAGAAUGAAUUGCAUAGACAGAAGGUAGUUUAGAAGAAAAAGGAGAAAAAAAAGAAAAUAAAGCAAUAAAAAUAGGAAAUAAUUUAAACAUUAGAAACUUAGGAAUAAAAGAAUGAUUUUGUUCAUCAGUUUAAAGGAUUAAGAAAUCAAAAGAAAGAGAAUGGAAUGAAAGCACUUUAAAGUCCAUUUAGGAUUAUUAUUGAUUGUGGUUUUGAGGAUAAUAUGUCAGACAAAGAAUAAAGAUCACUUGCAAGAUAGUUAUCGGAACUUUAUACUGAAAAUAGGAAGAUAGAUGUCCCACUUAAAAUCUAUGUUACAAAUAUCUACCCAAUACUCCAUAAAUAUUUAGAGCAAUAUAAUUACAAAUAAUGGCAAUUAGUAUCAGAGGAGAGGCUAUUCACAGACAUCGAAGAAUUUUAAUAAGCAAAUAUUGUGUAUUUAAGUCCUGAUGGCGAAGAGGAAUUGCAAGAGAUAAAGGAAGAUGAGGUCUAUGUCAUAGGAGGAUUGGUUGAUAGAGUAAUCAUAAAAAAUGCCACUUUAAAUAGAAGUAGAUAAUUAGGAGUGAGAAGUGCAAAAUUGCCUAUUGGAUAAUUUAUCAAAAAGAAUUAUAAAAAAUGCUUGAAUGUGAGUACAGCUGCUUUGAUGAUAUCUGGAUGGUUGAAGUAUAAAGAUUGGAGCAAGGCAUUCGACAGUAUUGUGCCCCAAAAAUUUAAAGAAUAAGAAGCCAAUGAGUAGUGA